GGUUAUACUGAUACCAUCUACGUUAGAAAAUAUUAUAAAAGUGAAGAUGGCAAUAGAGUGUGGUAUACGUAUUUUAUUUUAUAUCAUUUUCUCUGUUUUCAUAUUAAAUUCAUGCGACGGUGCAGCGACAGAUAUUGAAUUAGAUGCUAAGGCUCAAUUAUUACAUAGACUCGAUAGUUUGAAUCUUCUUCUUUAUACAUUUUUGUUAAUAUUAACUGUAUUAACUAUAUGGACAUUCAAGCAUCGUCGACUAAGAUUCCUCCAUGAAACUGGUUUAGCCGUCAUUUAUGGAUUGAUCAUAGGUGCAAUCAUUCGUUAUGGAUUUACAACAAAUAGUGCUAUACUACAUAUGCCAGUUGUACCAGAUAACAGUAGUAAAUAUAAUCAGUCAGUACCUCCAGAUACAUUAUGGUUGCGUUUUCCUGAAGACAAAGGUGGUGGUUUAAUUAAAAAUAAAACAUUCGCUUAUACUUUUCGUGGAGAAAUUUAUAAGGAAGACAAUGAGAUUGAUUUGAAGGCUACUUUUGAUCCAGAAAUAUUCUUUAAUAUUAUACUGCCACCAAUCAUUUUUCAUGCUGGAUAUAGUUUGAAACGGAAAUAUUUCUUCAGAAAUUUAGGAGCAAUUUUAAUGUAUGCUCUGCUUGGAACAUCGAUAUCAGCAUUUGUCAUUGGAGCAUUGAUGUAUGCGUUCAUACAAUUGAUACCGCAUCUUUCUACAUCGUUUACAUUUUUGGAUACUUUAUACUUUGGUGCUCUAAUAUCUCCAACAGAUCCACUGACAAUAAUUUCUAUUUUUAAUGAUCUGCACGUAGAUGUUAAUUUAUAUGCUUUGGUAUUUGGAGAAAGUGUACUUAAUGAUGCAGUCGCUAUUGUUCUCAGUGGCUCGAUACAAAAUUAUGCUGAACGUUAUCAGUCUGGAUCAGGAGGAUUCGAAACGGUAGCAUUCUUCCAAGCAUUUGGCGAUUUUGUUGGUAUUUUUAGUUUAUCUCUAUUCAUUGGUGCUACCAUGGGAUGUAUUACUGCAUUGUUAACUAAAUUUACUAGAGUUAGAGAUUUUCCUCUCUUAGAAUCAGCUCUAUUUGUCUUAAUGUCCUACAGUACAUUUUUAAUUGCAGAAGCUUCAGAUCUUACAGGUGUGGUUGCUGUUUUAUUCUGUGGCAUUUGCCAAGCACAUUAUACAUAUAAUAAUUUAAGUCCAGAUUCUCGUCAACGAACGAAGCAUCUGUUUGAAUUAUUAAAUUUCUUAGCUGAAAAUUUUAUAUUCAGUUAUAUCGGUGUAUCGAUGUUUACCUUUCCAAAACAUCACUUUGAUCCAGGCUUCAUCUUUGCUGGCUUUUUUUGUGCACUCUUAGGUCGUGCUGCCAAUGUUUAUCCUUUAUCAUUCAUAUUGAAUUUAGCACGAAAACCAAAAAUUUCAAUGAAUUAUCAACACAUGCUUUUCUUUGCUGGUUUACGUGGAGCUAUGAGUUUUGCUCUUGCGAUUAGAAAUACUGUGUCUGAUGCUAGACAAGCUAUGCUAACUACAACAAGUUUAAUUGUAAUCUUGACAGUGAUUUUACAAGGCGGUGCAACAACUCAAUUCUUAAGUUGGUUCAAUAUACCCGUUGGUGUAGAUGAAGAAAUAGAAGGAUUAUCACAAAAUGGAGUACGUAGUGUGUACAAUUCACUGGACACCAUGGAGUCUGGUGGCGAAGGUGGCUUUGGCGAUCUGGACAUGCGUAGGGAAAGAAGUCCUCCGUAUAAUUCUAUGCAGGAUGGAUCAGUGCCAACCAGUGCAAAACCUAAUGAGAAAGCAUUGCUCGCUAGAAUAUGGGGUGAUUUUGACACACGAUAUAUGAAACCACUAUUAACACACUCUAGGCCUACCUUGUUAGAAACAUUACCAGUGUGUUGUGGUCCAUUAGCAAGGAUUCUUACAACGACGCAACAAAUGACACAGGAUGAUGUUUCAAGAAAAAUUGAUUCAGAUUCUGACUUUUGUCUGGAAGAUCGUGAAAUGGAACGAAGAAGGAUGAACGUACAGCCGCUGGGAACAGUGACAGGAGAAGUUAGUCCGGGACCAGUACCACUGCAUACACGCGUCGCCCUGCCAGGUUUGAUCGGCAGACAUUUAUAAAAAUUACUUAAUAUUGAAAAUUACUUUAAUCUCUCGCUAAUGUAUAUUAUUAAAUGUGCAACGGACAAAAAUAUGUUAUUUUAAUGAAUUCAUAACACUUAAACAAAAGAAAGUUUUAAAGUUCUCUAUUGCCAAAACGAAAACACUGCUUAUGUCCGAUCCAAUUUUUAUUGGAAAAGCUUCUAUAAAAACUAUUUCCUAAAACAAUAUUUCAUUUUAAAAUGGAAAAGAAGAAAAGACAACAAAUUUCGUUUAGAAUAUAAUUGUAAAAAAUAAAAGAAAAA